CGCAGUUACAGCCAAAAGUAUGACGGGGCCAGUGGGACCACAUUAAAAGCAAGAUGGCGGCCUCCUUGGUCAGACAAGGCUAGCAAGAUGGUGAUUUUCUUCGACAACGGUAUGAACUCACAUUCACUGCGAGUUGGAGUCUGUGGCUAGACACAGCUAUCGGCACCAUGUCUGUCCAGAUUCCAGACCCCAGUGAGCUUUUCCCUUUGCUGCUGUCCAACGACCUCCAUGUCAUCCAGGAGAUCAAGUCGUUAAUCCAGGACAGUCUAAACUCAGCCAGGGAUCCCGGAUUUCUAAAUGCCCUUGUAGAUUUCUACAUUCACACCAAUUCCAAUAAUGCACUGGAACUGUUGGCCGGCAUACGAGAGCCUUUGGACAAGCCACUGAUGGACCGACUGAAUGACAACAUGAAAGCUGGCCAUAAGCUUCAGAGUUUGACACUCUUGAGUCACGUGGUCAGACAUCAGCCAUCGUGGCUUCAUAAGAUCGUGCAAGCACCACUGUUUACCUCCCUGCUCAACUGCCUCAGGAUGGACACGGAUGUCCCGGUCAUAAUGUGUGGGUUGCUGACGGUAACUACUCUUCUGCCCAUGAUUCCUAGCCUGGUCAGUCCAUUCCUUCAGGACAUCUUCGGUAUAUUCUCUCGUCUGGCUUCCUGGACCAUGAAGAAACCUGGUGGUAUACCGGAUGUGUACCAUCUCCACAUUCAAGUUGCUGUCUAUGCCCUCUUCCAUCGUCUGUACGGCAUGUAUCCAUGGAGCUUUCUACAACAUCUGAGAUUCUACUACCAAAACAAGAAGAUUGAGUUUGAAGCAGCAGUCCUGCCUAUGUUGGAGCGUGUUCGCAUGCACCCUUCUUUAAUUACUGGCUCUGCGCAAUCUGAAAUGGAAAAAACAAGAUGGCGGCAGAUGGAGGUCCAUGACGUACUGAUGGAAUGUGCCCGUGUUUCCUUGGAUACGACAGAAUCAGCCAGAGAUGAUUCCUUCAGCUUCACAGCUGUAUCUGUGGGCCAUGACCUCGAAAGAUCAGGGUCAAAGGGCAUGACAGGUCAAGGCAUCCGCACUUCCUCACCUAUUGUUGAUCCUCAAGGGGUAGAAACAGCUCACAAGCCAGUUAUACAGUGGGAAAACGACACCAAGAAAAGAGAUCCUGAUGCCCAAAGUCUGGUCUCGUCUCAAGAGGGUGGCAUAUCCAUGUUCAGCCCCUCCAUGGUUUGUGGACUGAGUACGCCUCCACAAUCCCAUCCUCCGUCCCCCCAAGGCAGCCAGCUAGACAUCAGUCUGACAUCCUCUGUCCACCUUCUAUACACCACCCCUCACCUGGACACCCCUACCCCGCUGUCGACACCCCGCGAUUCCCCACACCCAAGCGCCGCAGCACGGCUCAGUAGUCGCAUGUCCAGCAUGAGUGACACCAGCGUCCACAGCCGGGGGAGUAAGUCCAAGGCAUCAUGGGGUAAACUCCCGCCGAUAGCCACUCAAUCAUCCAUGGCUCUUGGCCGCACUGUCUCAGCACCCGUAACGCCGGGAUACGAAACGAAAUCUCUCCCAACUACUCCUCAAAAGCCACUCAUCCAAGCCAAGGCUGCUUCUCACGAGAUCACAAAGCAAAGAAGAUUCGUCUGGGAGGAUGCCAAUCUGAGCGACUCUCUCCACAGCAAUGGAGACCUAUCCCUGAUGGGGAAACAACACAACGAGGAGGACAUGACGGAGGCAGAGACAAGAACUGAAAGGGCGGAGAGCUCGGUCUCCUUGAAGGACCUCCCUGGCGUCAUCAAGGAUCUAAAUCAUGAGGAAGAGAGACCCAAAGAUGUUGAAGCAAUGAACGAAGAGGUUUCAUCCUUCACUGAUAGUCCGUGUGCACUCCGUGACUUUGAAAAUUCUGGAGGUUCUGGUGGUAAUGUUCCUAUCCAAAGUCAAACUACCCAGAAAACAUCUGAUGCGAGUGAGGAAAUGGACUCAACUGAAGUCUCCAGCUCAUCCGACCAACCCACACUCACCAAGGCCCAGGAGAGUUAUGCAAGUCAUCAGCUGAAUGGGAAUGCACGACCGGAGACCGUUCGAACCCAGAGUGAUCCCAGCGCCUCAUACCGGAGCGCAGCAGUCAAGUCAUUGGUGGAAAGCGAGUCACGCCCUCGAACUAGCAGUGUUGGCAGCAAGCCAGUCAGCAACAUAUCGGCUGACCUCUUUGGGGUCAGAAGGUCACAGGAAGCCACCACAGAACAACGUUCCACCUACCAGGGUUUCCUGCCUAUCUCAGAUAGCUCUGAAUCGCCAAUUUUGAGACCAGGGGCUCAGAGCACUGCAUCAGCUGCUUCCAGCAUCCUCGGGCCAUCCUACUUCCAACAGGCAUCCCUGCAGAUGCCCUAUAAACAUCUCUUCAACCUGAUUUUGCCAACCCUUCAAAAUCUGACCUCUGCUGGUUCGGCGAAUAAUUCCCCCUCUGUUUCCAGUGCAAACACCACCGGAAGUGGGCUGUACGCCACACCUCCCCCGGCCUCUAGGGCGGAGUCUGCUCUGUCUGGGGGCACCCCAAUCGACAACAUUGGCACAGUACCCUUGCAUUCAUUGUAUUCACCGAGUCAGUUGCUAGAUCGACACCUCCAGCUUGGAAACCAGAUUCAUGAUGAUCAGCUGAUAGGUUUGCCCUUGACCAGUCAAGAGUCAGUAGACUGGACUCAUUUUGGGGGCUCGCCUCCAGUAGAUGAAAUCAAGCUCUUAAAGGGUCAACUGCAAUUGCUACACAACCAACUCCUGUAUGAGAGACACAAGAGAGAGGUACAUGCAGAAAGGAACAGACGACUACUGGGCAAGACGCACAAGGCCAAAGCGCUGGAGGAGUCCAAUGCUGCCAUGCAGAAGCAACUACAGCUCCUGGAGAUGGAAGUCAACCAGCUCAAAGCGGCCUUCAAGCUACUCCGGGAAGAGAACAAGCAGCUAGUGGAAGCAAACUUCAGCAAAGACCAGACCCACAACACACUCAUAAAGAAAUUACAGAGUGACAACGACCGCAUGAAAGACGCCAAAGAGGAACUGCAGAAAUUGCUGGUCGAUCACAGACUUCAAGUGGACAAGGUGACAAAGGAGCUGCAGACAGUCAAUGCUGAGUUCUUCACUGUGCAACAGGAGUUAGAGAACACCAGAGCAGACAUAGCCACAAACAGACAUCUUAAAGAUGAGAUUGCCCGGUUGAACAAGGAGCUUCUCCUGAUGGGAGAAACCAACGUGAAGUUCCAGGAGAGAGUCAGUGGGGUGCAACGAGACGAGAAUAUGAACGAUGAAAGGGAGAUGAGUUGGAUCACCCUCAAGAAAGACCUGGCAGCAUCCCAAGAGGCGCUGAAGGUGAAAAGUGUCCAGCUGGAAGCUGCCCAUGCCCGCAUCACUGAGAUGGAGGCUCUCUUGUCUCAAAAGGAGCUCGCAAUGGCUGAGCAGAAGCGCUUUUUGGAGAAUGUGAAAAGUCUCACCAAGGGAAAGAUUGAGGCAAUGGAUGGUAAAUACAGCAUGCUCCAGAAGAUCAAUCAACGGCUAGAGGCACACAUCUUGAAGCUGACCAAACACUUGAAGGAGAAGGACAGAAGGCAUUAUCCCUCAGUGGGGAGUGUCAUCUCUCGCAGUCAGUCACUCAUUACGUCACAGACAGAAAACGUCCCCAAGGGAUCCAGAAGCGACAGUCUAGACUCUGGCCAGCUUUUGAGAUCUGUCAAGGGGUCACGUCUGAUCCAGAAGGCCCCCCGGCCAGCCUUGGAGAGAAGUCAGUCUCAUGAGGAAUCCCAACAAACCAUGCUUCUCCCGGUCUUUGCAGGGAGCAGCCAGCAAGAGUCGAUCGUCCAGUCACAGAGCUCAAAGUCCAGCCAGGUGGUGAAGGAGACUCCCCCAACGACAUCUAGUGCGUCUGGAAGUCACUUAAGCCCGCACUCAAGCCCCAUGAGUGACUGGGAACAUGUUAGCAGUGAGACGAUUCCAAAGAGCAGCAGAGUCCCGAAGCAGCCAGCAGAAGCCAUCAGGGUCCCUGUACCAGUGGAACGGGCAAGGAUUCGGGAUGAGUCACCGAGUCAUCUCAAUGUUAACAGCCCACCGCUUAUCUUUAGCGAGUCGUCCCCAUUUCAGAGGGUUCAGCAGAGCCCUCGUUUGGGCACGAGACACAGCUCCCUGUCGCCAUCCAGCAAGAUACCUCUGAACUCGCCCGGGCGGAUCGCGAUCAGCUCGGGCCCCAAGAGCCAGUCCUGCCCCAACCUGGAAGCCGACAUUAAAACGGCCGUAUCGCCGUGCCAAUUCACGGGUGCUUUUCCAGCACAGGCCGAGGAGGGGGAGGAGUCAUUGCAGGAAGGGGAGGAGGCCGGUGGCAGUAGCUCCACGCCACCCGCUGCUGUCGUAGAUAGCAUGGAGCCAAGCAUGUUACAUCAUAGUUUGGCAGCCAUGGUUCAUAUGGAAGCCAGCAUUGAAGAGGCUGAUCUGACAAAGUUGUAGCUUAUUUUGGUCCUUUCCCACCGUUAUAGCUUCAAGCACUCUGCCUUGGUUUACUGCAGUGGAUGUAAUUCAUAUCUCUUGAUUAGACUUUGCGUUUGUACAAUAAUUCAUUCGUUUUCAAACUCAAAUUAUUUCCUUACAGCUCAUGACAAGAUAUUCCAUUCUUUCUCUUGUUAUUAUUCUGAAUUGACAAUAAGGCAAUGAUAGAUUUCAUACAAAUUGUUUUCACUCUAAAAUCUCAUGGAGUUUAUUGUCACACACAGCACUGAUGGCACUACUGUUGUGCUUGAUGUGGUUUUGUUUUUUUUUCAAACAUUUCAAAUCUUUACAAACUUCUCUGGUUAUAACUAAUUCCAAUGUUAGAGUCACUGCCGGGACAAUUUAUGCCCAAUUUUGGUUCAUUCAUGGUGUCUUUGCUAAUAACACUAUUGCUUUCACAUUUAUUUGAAAGUACCAAGUUGGAAGGUGGAUUUUGCUCGGUGUCAGGGAAGGAGUAUUCAGCUUGUGUCAAAUCAGCUUGAAUGUACAAUUUAUACAAAUAGUGCAGUUUUUGAAAUAGUUUACUAUUUUUUUCCUGUAAUUCUUAGGUUAAGCAUUGUACGUCAUUAGAAAAUGUCGACUUGAAUUUAUCAAUAACCAUUGCCUGGCAUUCAAGCUAAAUAUCAUUUCUGGAUGCAGUACGUGUGUCUGGAUUACUUUGGUUACCAGCACGUUUCAAAAUAUAUCGAGUACCCAGUGCAAUUUAAUUUCCGCCAUAAAACAAUAUUUGCAAAACGUAAUUUUGUCCAGUAUGCUCCUUUACAAAAUGGAAAUGAUGAGCCUUUUGUUGGUUCAAAUAUGUGCGGUUGUAAGCUUUCCAUCUACUUAGCAUUUCUGCAGUUGGAGUGUAUGUUACUGGCUGAAUUUAAUUUCUUCUUGUAGACUUUGCUUGUGACUUUAUAUUUAUGGCGUAAAAUUGCCUUUUAUUUGAAAAAUAACGAAUUGUCUCAAUCCUUGUUUCUGUGCUCAUUUUCUGCCAAGUAAUGCAUGCAGGAUAAAUGUGAUUAUUGGAACUAUACAUCUGCAAUCUCAUUACAAUGAUACAUGAAAACUCUGUGUGUGUGCGUUGUCGCUAAUAAAACUGUGAACAAUGGCA